AUGUCUGCCCAUCCCAUCUCUCCCCCUCCUGUCCCCGUAUCUCCCCCAUCGACACUCGUCCGCCGCCAUCAUACCAUCUCUGCAUCUUCCCGUACAGCUCGUGCAGGCGCACGGGCCACAAUCUCAGAGGAGUCCCAGGACCAGCAGCUCUGGAACGACGACGAACCAGUCGAUGAAGACUGGGUCGGCGGUGUAGGCGCUGUCGGUGAGAAGACUUCUUUGCACAGGCAGAGCUCUCUCCCGACGCGCUACAAUCGGGCCUUUCACGGUCAAAGCUCAAGACAAGCUGGCAAUCUAACUCCGAGGAAUAUGAAUAGUUUAUCCGCCAUCGCCGGCCAUGAUGGCGACGAAGAGGACUGGGAACAGGAUAUGAGGGGUUUUCAAAACGAGGACGAGCUAUACUUGUCCAAGGGCGCCCACCCAUCCCUGUCAUCUUCGGUGCUCACGCUUUUUUCUCUCCAGCACGACAUGUCCAACCCCGACGUCGCACAGCAUCAGCAAGUCUUAGAUGCCCAAUCUCAGUCAUCUAACGGUAAUCCUUCCCCUCUUUCCCCACAUUUCGUUCCUGGUCAUGUUCCUUCUCCUCCCCCUGCUGCUUCGGGAGUCCGACGACACCAGAGUUUGACAUAUGGAGCUGCAGGUGGUGGUGUGAGACAAAUGACCUCCUCAUCCGGUCUCAAGCGUGCUGGCACCCUUCAAGCGCAGGUUCGACACUCUAAUGUAGGACACAGCCCCAGUCCACCUCACCCAGAAGAAGAAUAUGCAGAAGAAGAGUUAGUGAACCCCUACGAAGACGAAUCGUACUUCACUCCUCGUUCCCCUCCGCCCAACCAGCAGUAUCAAGGGCAAACUCAAUAUCCCACUAGCCCGUUGGGACGUGGGUCUCCCUGGAACACCCCUGGUAGCAACGAAUGGCGAACGCCGGGAGGCUCCAGCUUCUCGACCACCAGUUCCAACGGAGGUAACAAUGCGAAUGCCAUCGAUGACGUCCAGCGAGCUCUCUCCGCCCUAGAGCUCAGCAGCGCAAACCAAAUGUACAACAAUAACAAUAAUAACAACAAUAACAAUAACAACAGCGCUUUCUCCGGAGGCCAAUCCAACCACCCGCCCAGGUUCAACCCCAAUCAUCCCCCGCCCUCUCUCGCUCCCGCACGUGGUCAUCAUGGCGGAAAUAAUGGCGGCCAUAACGGGCAAUCUUCGCGCAAGUUGCAACUGGUGACUGACUUUGAUGGGCGUAAGACGCCUGUCGGUCAGAGUGGCCCAGGCCCCGUCAGUGCUUCUGCGUAUAAUCCUCCCCCGGGCACAGCUCAGCAGCAGCGAGGCGGCGCUGGCGUCAUCAACGACGCUAACGACCGUGCUCUCACAGCUGCUGGCACCACAUCGUGGGACCAAAAAGAAAAACUGCUUGGUCAGCGCACGUCCAAUCCUAACUUGAAUUACGGGUACAACCAAGGGCAGAAGGGAAAUGUUCCUAAUGUUCCCCCCAUUCCUGCACAAUAUCUUAACCAGCAGGGUGGCUCUCAGGCCCCGAGAUUGGGUUCUUCUUUCAACCAAGGGCAGGCGCAAGCUAGUGGAAACGAUGGACCUUCCCAGUCACUUCAAGGGUUUAUCAGCUCACCGAUUGAUGUGCCUUCCCUUAUCGCUGCAAAAGGUUAUAAUCCGACCAGCUUCGAUGUUCGCCCCACAUUCGCACGAUACUUCGUGAUAAAAUCAUAUACUGAGGACGAUGUGCACAAAUCGCUGAAAUAUGAAAUCUGGAGCUCUACUGAUCCUGGAAACAAGAGGCUUGAUAAGGCAUUCAAAGAAUGCGCCGGGCGGGGACCGAUAUACUUGUUUUUCAGUGUCAAUGCAAGCGGUCAUUUCUGCGGUAUGGCGGAGAUGCUUACUCCUGUCGAUUAUACUCGCAGCAGUACAGUCUGGGCUUCUGACAAAUGGAAGGGAGUGUUUAAAGUACGAUGGAUUUUCGUACGGGAUAUCCCCAAUGCCAAUCUGCGGCAUAUUCGGUUAAACAACACGCAAGAGCGUAAACCCGUCACUAACUCACGAGAUACGCAAGAGCUUUUGCCUGAAGCUGGUCAAGAAAUGUUGCGCAUUUUCCACACCCAUCCUGCUAGGACAUCUCUUUUGCAAGACUUUGCAUUCUAUGAGUUACAAGCGAUGCAAAAGAUGCAGGUUCAACAACAAUCACCUCCUAUGAACGACAUAGGUUCUCAGUCUCCACCACCUCCACAAUCGCUUUCCCCGGGUUCUCAAGCGCAGCAGGGCAUGUUCAAUAUGGCAAACCCUAACCCAAUGUUUGGAACCAUGUCUCCUGCCAUGAUGCAGAUGCAAAUGCAGAUGGGCAUGAUGGGCACGCCGUUCGGGCUCCCGCAAACGCAGGCGAUGCACCAGAGUGUCAUGCGGCAUCCGAGUCCUGGGCCUAAUCAGAACGGACAGUUCAUGAACAUGGGAGGAGUGCAGUUCUAAAGAAAUAGUGCUUCCCCGCAGCGUGUCAUAGGCUGCGCAGCGGAGAAAGUCUGUUCUUUCUUCGCUGUUGAACGCCCAAUUAUAAAUUCGGACGAUCGGACGAAGAUGUACAAAAAUAAACCCUGAAGAUGUGGAUUCAUCGGAUGAAAAUUUGUUCGAUUCGUCGUAUUAUGCCUUUUUCUCCUUUUUUCAAAUUUGUGUGUCCAUCUAAUGUUGUAUAAUUCUUUCAACUCAGAUCAGUUUUUCUUUCCUGUUUUGCUCACGAUUUUCACGCCUUAACCCAUGUAAUUCAUUUCUCCUUUUCAUCACUUUGCCACUUCUAUUCCUGUCGAUUUUCCUACCUUACAAUCUUGUUGGUUUACUAGGAAUCUUUGUUCUACAUUGCAGCUUGUACAACGGCCAUGGACAUGGGACACUAAAAUGGACGUGGAAUCCCGCUUGUUCGCUAGCUUGUAAUUGUUUUCGGAUAUCUGCCAUAGUAUGCUACGAGUUAUCUGGCUUUUUCUUUUUGAUUGAACGACUAGAUGUAGUUUCUUAUCCAUGUCAUAAAUAUAUACGUUUUCGAGAAAAGUGGUAUCUGUGAUAGGUUGAAAGGCGUAAAAGGUCUGCGAAAGACCUAUAAAAGGAGUACCCAUCAUUACAUUAGCUAGGUAUGUAAGAUGAUCAAAUGCAGGGAGCGAAUCUUCAUAGCGCGGGCGCUAUGAUAUCGAUGAACUACUGUAAAGCUAAAAUGAAAUUAAGAACGCGGGCGGGGGCAUAAUGUCCAUUGCGAAUGCGAGAAAGAAGAAAAAAAGGGGGGGGGGAGGCGAUCAUCAUCAAAAAGUCGUGGCAAGCUUAAACCUUCUCGGUUGGGAUUUCCGAACGCGCAGGGACGAGUCCUGGUGUAGCGAAUAGGACUACGACGAGGAACUCGGUGAGGGCGGAUAGGGGAUACCAGAUCACUUCUUUGUUCUGCUCCGUAGUGUUUUGCGAGGUCGCGGUAAAGAACGCUUCGCGAGCGAUGAGGAGAAUGGAGAUGAGUGCCAAGAUAUAGAUGCCAUAAACUGAUCCGAUAGACGGGUUCUCCGACUUGUAUCCACCAUCUGGAUUUCUGCACGAAUUAAGAGUACGGUCUGCAACAAGACGAGGAUGGCGAGCACUAAGAAGAUGUAGAUGGCGGCCUCGCGAAGGGUGUUACCGGUGUUGCGAGUGCUCACGCUAGUCGCGCUGCUAGAUUCUACGGCGCCUGUAAUUCCGAUUGCGACAGCUGCCGUGAGGAAG